UCUCAGCCACUGAAUUCCCUCUGAUCGAAAGCACAUUGGCCCAUUAAAGACGCGAUCUUCCACGUGUGGAGCUUCAGGCGGGCUCGAGCUCUCGUCAGUGAUGGGACGUCCCGUGUGAGACUCCACUUCAGUCCAUCAGAACUGUGCACACACACACACACACACACUCGGUGACACUCGCAGUUCGUCGCAACUUUCUCAAACACACUGUUCCUCAUGAAACGCGUCCAGGAGGAGAGUUCACAGUCGACUUCCCGAAGAAAAGUUUCGUGCAUUGGCAGCUAUGGAUUAUGUUUAUCUAUUCAUGUACUGUACGAUAAACCUCUUAUUUCUGGACUAUAGACAGGCUGCAAAAUCUCAUGGGAAUCUGUCCGGUAAGUUGAGUGAGUUCGGCCUGAUGGUCCCGUUCAGCACGGACGCGCGCGGCCGGUUCGUGUCUCACGUGCUCUCCUCCGCGAGAGCGUCAUCAUCCGGGAGGAAACGCGUCCCGCGCGACGCGCCCGUGACGCCUCGCGAGGCCCUCAACGCGCAGCAGCUGUUCUUCAACGUCACGGUGUUCGGAAAGGAGCUGCACUUGCGCCUGAGGGCCAACAGGAGACUCGUGGCCCCCGGAGCUCUCGUCCAGUGGCAGGAGGACUUCGAGGAGCAGGCCAAAGAGCGCAUGCUCGGAGACUGUGUGUUUACCGGGGAUGUAACGGACAUGCCGAAGGCCUCGGUGGCCAUCAGUAACUGCGAUGGACUGGCAGGCUUGAUUCGCACUGAUGAUGAAGAGUUCUUCAUCGAGCCGCUGGAGAAAGGUCAGCAGGAGGUCGAGGUCAAAGGUCGCGUCCACGUGGUCUACCGAAGAUCGGCCAUCAAAAGGGACAAGGGUCAGAGGAGAGAUGACCUCCACAAUGAAGUCACUGACUUUGGUAUCGCCGAGCUUCCCAACGCUCUCGACGCGGUGGAGGAGAAACUGUCCGAGACGGAGCGCAAACGCAGACACGCGAAGAAAGACGACUACAACAUCGAGGUGCUGCUCGCGGUGGACGACUCGGUUGUGCGUUUCCACGGCAAAGAACACGUGCAGAACUACGUCCUCACGCUGAUGAACAUAGUUGACGAAAUCUACCACGAUGAGUCUCUGGGAACCAACAUCAACGUUGUGCUGGUCCGAAUGAUCCUGGUGGGAUAUCGUCAGUCCAUCAGCCUGAUCGAGCGAGGGAACCCGUCCCGGAGUCUAGAACAGGUUUGUCGUUGGGCGAACACCCAGCAGAGACUCGACCCCGAUCACGCCGAGCAUCACGACCACGCAAUCUUCCUCACCAGGCAAGACUUUGGUCCCGCAGGUAUGCAAGGUUACGCCCCGGUUACGGGCAUGUGUCACCCGCUUCGAAGCUGCACGCUGAACCACGAGGACGGCUUCUCCUCCGCGUUUGUGGUGGCGCACGAAACCGGACACGUGCUGGGGAUGGAGCACGACGGCCAGGGGAACCGGUGCUCAGACGAGACCAGUAUGGGCAGCAUCAUGGCUCCACUGGUCCAGGCCGCGUUUCACAGAUACCACUGGUCCCGCUGCAGCAAACAGGAGCUCAACCGAUACAUACACUCGUACGACUGUCUUCUGGAUGAUCCGUUCGAGCUGAAAUGGCCCAAACUCACGGAGCUUCCCGGGAUAAACUACUCCAUGGAUGAGCAGUGCCGCUUUGAUUUCGGUGUGGGUUAUAAGAUGUGCACCGCCUUCCGCACGUAUGACCCGUGUAAGCAGUUGUGGUGCAGUCAUCCUGAUAACCAGUACUUCUGUAAGACGAAGAAGGGUCCGCCGGUCGACGGCACCGAGUGUGCGCCGGGAAAGUGGUGUUUUAAAGGCCACUGCAUCUGGAGGUCGUCCCAUCAGCCCUACGGUCACGACGGAGGCUGGAGCUCCUGGGGAAAGUUCGGCUCGUGUUCUCGGACCUGCGGAGGAGGAGUUCGAUCCCGUAACCGUCAGUGCAACAACCCUGCUCCUGCGUACGGAGGGCGAGAUUGCCCCGGCUCAACCUUCGAUUAUCAGGUGUGUAACAGCGAGGACUGUCCCGGCCCGUUCGAGGACUUCCGAGCGCAGCAGUGUGUCCAGCGCAGCAACAAAUACCACAACAACCUCAAACACACAUGGCUGCCGUACGAACACCCUGAUGAGGCUCAUAAGUGUGAGCUGAGCUGUCGCUCUAAAGAGACGGGGGAAGUCGUCUUCAUGAACCAGGUGAUGCAUGAUGGGACACGCUGCAGUUACUCUGACCCGUUCAGCGUCUGCGCUCGAGGAGAGUGUCUGCAUGUCGGCUGUGAUAAGGAAGUGGGAUCGUACAAACAGGAGGAUAAAUGUGGCGUAUGUGAGGGAGACAACUCACACUGUCGCACCGUCAAACUCACACUCACUAAAACCCCGAAGAAGACAGGGUUGCUGAAGAUGUUUGAUAUUCCCGCCGGCGCUCGGCACAUUGUGAUUGAGGAGAACGACACGUCGCCUCACGUGAUUGCCGUUAAAAAUCAGGUCACCGGCAGUUUCAUCUUAAACGCCAAAGGAGAAGAAGCCGAGUCCAAGAGCUUCAUCGAGAACGGGCUGGAGUGGGAAUACUCUCUGUCGGGCGGGAAAGAGUUGCUGAAGACCGCCGGGCCGCUGAACGAACCCAUCGUGGUUCUGAUCGUCCCGCAGGCCGAGGACACCAAGAUCAGUCUGAGCUACAAGUACAUCAUUCAUGAAGAUCUGCUGCCGGUCAUCACCAACAACAACGUGCUUCUGGCGGAGCUGGACACGUACGAGUGGGCGCUGAAGAGCUGGUCUCAGUGCUCAAAGCCCUGCGGCGGAGGGGUCCAGUUCACGAAGUACGGCUGUCGGAGGAAGAGCGACGGGCGUUUGGUUCACAGGAACUUCUGCGAGACCAGUAAAAAACCCAAACCCAUCCGCAAACGCUGCAACACCAACAGCUGCAGCCAGCCCACGUGGGUGCUGGAGGAGUGGGGCCCGUGCAGUAAGUCCUGUGGGAAGCUGGGAUAUCAGUCUCGUGUGGUCCAGUGCAUGCAGCCGCUCCUGAACGGCACACACAGACCCGUACACACCAAAUACUGCAGCGAGGAGCGUCCCGAGACCCGGAGAGCCUGCAACACCAGCGCCUGCCCGUCCCAGUGGAGGACCGGGGCCUGGGCACAGUGUUCGGUGAGCUGUGGUGAAGGGAUCCAGCAGAGGCAGGUGAUCUGUAGACCGUCCGACAGCAGCGCCGGCCCGUGUGAUGCAGAAAAACCCCAGUCUGUGUCCAUCUGCAAACUCCCUCCCUGCCCAGGAGAGCCGUCUUUACCCAGUCCAACUAAAGAUUUACUGGAGAAUCUCACCACCGAGGAGGAGAAACUGCCGGAAAACACUGUGGAUAAACUCUCCAACGAGCCGUGUCUGGGUGAUAAGUCGAUUUUCUGUCAGAUGGAGGUUCUGGCUCGGUAUUGCUCCAUCCCGGGUUAUCAGAAGCUGUGCUGCGAGUCCUGUAACAGGAAGUUGGGUUUCUUCAGUACCGUUUCUCCAGAUCUGCAUCCUCCGUUCUCUUGGCUUCCGGAUUUCACCUUCCCGCCUCUGCUUCAAACGAGUCCCGAUCCGACGUCUAAACCCACUAAACCCAGCCCUAAAACGGACCCCAGCACUUCAGUGCCGCCCCAGACCCGACCGGAGUCCGCCACCUCUCUUCUACCUCCAGCGCCGAGCGUUCCCGUCACGCGACCCGGCGGACUCCAGAACCAGAACGCCACUUUAGACUCGACCCGGAGGAAAAGCAACUUGCCGGUCACAUGAUCGCCAGUGAAUCAGAGACUCAGUUAUUGGUUACCUCAUGCAGAAUGAACCGACAUCAACCACAAAUCCGCUGCUCUUCCCACAAUCCUCUGCUUUACAUGUGGAAACGGAAGGAAACAAUGAAAGGUGCUGUUAUUUAAACCGUCUUCCAGAUAAAUCCGUGUUGUUUCGUGUCCUCAGAACUACUUUAGUGUGUGUGUGUGUGUGUGUGUGUGUGUGUGGCUCCAGUACGCCAUGUAGAUCAUAGCAGUGUUACUUUGAGUCUAGCUACGUACGUUUGCUUUGUAACUCUGACGUAGUUUUGUGAUUGAUUUAUGAGCAGUAUAUUUAUACAGCAUUUAUUAGUCAUUGUUGUUUGCUCACAGUGCAUUCAUUAGCUAAUGUUAAGAUUAAUAAGUGCUGUAAAAGAAUUGUUCGUCGUUAGUUCAUGUUAGCUGUUGCGUAAUGCAUACUGUUAAUAUACUGAGCGUAUGCUGUAUGCUUACAACAGGGUUGUUAUUGUUAACUAGAACUGUUAAAAAAAAUCUGAAAUAAAAUUAGGAUUACUAUUUUUAACUUAAAACUGCUGUGUUGCUAACUACCUAAAACAAGUUUACGUUGAAAUACUAAAACGGAAAUAAAAUUUAAAAUGACAAACGCACUUGACAAAAUGACUAAAAUUGAAAUUCUAAUUCUUAUAAUCUUAUACUAUAUUAGUAUACAUAAUACUAAAACGCCUCUAGCGAUUGUUCUAAUCCUUGCAUUUCAUUUAUAUUUUAAUAUGUCAUAACUUUUAUACUACUAAAGUGUUACAAAGCAAGUGUAUUCGUCGUUCUAGACGUCUCUGGUGCUCCUGUCUGAGGUUAACAAACUCACCUGUGAAACACCAACCACCUCGAUUGCAUGACCUGGCCGUUCUCCGUGUUUUUUUGAGCUAGCUCUGAAAGCGUUGUGAUGUUUUCAGGUGGUUUUGUAUAUAUUGUAUAUAGCUGCAGGUUUGAGGACGGAUGCGAGAGCGUCCAGAGCUCAUGACAACAUCUCUCUCAUGUGGUUUCACCUAAUUUCUGUAUUGUAUAGUACUUGUAUAUACGUGAAUGAGAGCUUUAAGUGUUAAUAUUUAUUAAAUUUUUAAGUUGUAGGAUGAUGAAAUACAUGAAAAUAUACACAUUGAGAAGAAAACUGGAGUUUUGAUUUUGUCUGUAUUUUGUCUACUGGUUAGACUUUUUCGAAACGUGUCCCUGAUUCACUGUUUUAAGUCUAUUAUAAGUGUAUAUAUUUAACCCCUUCAGACCUGAAUUAUGUCUCAAGUUUCUGAAAAAUAUAAAAGUACAUUUUCCCAGCUCAUGAGGCUUCUAUAAAUGAAACAAAUGAAAAAAAAUUAUGUAAUUGCUUUUAUUGUGAUUUUGUUUGUCCAUUCCAAUGGACAUCAGGUCAAAACAGGUGUACAGUACUUCCCAAAAAUAUACCAACAUGAAAUAAUUUAAUAAACAUAGAAUUUGUAGGUCUA